AUGUCCAAAGACCACAUCGUCCAUCAUCUACUCAGCAUAUACGCACUUGGGGCUUCGCCGUCCCAGCUUGAGAAAGCCUACCGAAAUAAUACGGGGUAUCAGCUUCCCACUCCUCCGGCGGACCCGAUCAACAUCGAAACAUUGAGACAACCUGAGGGAUUCGUCAAGCAUCUUGGUGACAGUGAGCGUUACCGAGAUUACGUGGUUUUCUUCCAGAAGCUAGUUUCCGAGCGUGGAGUUGAAUCUGUCGUCAAUGAAUAUGUCUUUAAGGGAGAUGCGAGGGCAGAUGACAUGCUCGCAAGGAUGUUUUCAGGAUUCUUGCACCCCAUUAUCCAUCUUGGAUAUGGAAUCGAAUUCAAUCAACCAUUGAUCGUGGCAGAAGCUUUGGCACAAGCUGCAAUUCACCCGGCCUGGCCCGCACCGUUUCUUUGGGGUGCAGAGAAUGCCGCCAGAAACCUAACUCAGCCUGCUGAUCAUACGCUCGUCCAGCUGAUGGACGAAAUCAAAGCAAAUCAUAAACUACAAACUGCCGUCGUCUGGUCUGAUCCUCCCAACAAAGUCACCGAUGGGCUCUACAUACGAGCCGCAGACGAGAUGACUCAACUUGCUGCUCGUUGGGAAGUGUCAGCAAAGGACUUGGAGCAGAAGACGGCUGAGAUGAUUAAUGCCGGAUUGUACAUGACCGCACUUGCUCAGCGGGCCGACAAAGCGAUCAAAUUCGAUUUCUUCUUCAUGCAUUGUGCCAACACUUCCUUGUUUUUCUCAGUAUUCAACCGGACUAGCUGGAUCUCGAGAAAAGCAAAGGGGCGAUUGGUAGAAUGCAUGGGGCGACUACACUUGCUCAUGUAUGCAUCCGCAAAAGCGCCUGAACUACGACUACAAGAUCUCCGUGGAUAUCGACCUGAGAGGCGAGGUGGAUGGGAGUCAAUAUUCGCACGGGCUAGGGAGUAUCAGGACGAUGGUCACACGUCCAAAUUGAUCCGCGCGAUUAGCAAUGGGGAAGCUGUGACUGAAGCGUUUGAAGCGGCACCAGGAAUCAAGCUAAAGGGAGGGGAUUUUCUCAAAAUGGCGCACAUGGUAAUGGAUUCCGUCGAGGCAAUGGACCGGCCAGACUUUGAGAUGCCAAACGCUGGCACGACCGGCUACGAGUACGCUGCCGAGCUUGACCCGUUUGUUCAGAGAGUGGUUGUGAGAUGGCUGCGUUGGGCCGGGUUCCCAGAAGCAUGGGAGGCGGUGGCAGACCGGGAUUACGGCCAGUUUGCCCCGACGCACAAUGGAGUCAGUGAUGGGAUGGAGGGCAAUCUGACGAAUGGUGUUCAUGGGUAG